GGUAUUCUUAUUUUCAGAUAGAAACAAAUAUUUUUGAUUAAGUUUUCAGUUUUCUUAGGAUGGGCAUUUCAGACAGAAUACCCAAGAGUAAGAGCCUCUGGCUCAUUUGUGUCUUCAUACUAUUUCACUUUAUGGCUGCUGAGGCCAACAUUGUUGAAGAUUUUGAUGCAGAUUCUUUUGUGGAAACUGAGGAGUUUGAGAGCACAUCGACACAAGAUGCUGCUUCCACUGAGAGCCCUGCUGUUGAGGAGGAAGACAUUGCUUAUGCCACUCCCAAACCUCCUCCCAACUCUUAUAUGGCUGAAACUUUUGAUGACAUUGUCAAAUUUAGCAAAACUUGGAUCAAAUCACAAGCUAAGAAAGAUGGAGUUGAUGCAGAAAUUGCCAAAUAUGACGGGGUUUGGUCGGUGGAAGAACCUGUUGUGCCUCUCCUGAAGGGUGACAGAGGACUUGUUCUCAAGUCCAAAGCCAAGCAUGCUGCCAUUUCUGCUCCUCUCAGUCGCCCCUUCAAAUUUGGUGCCAAGCCAUUUGUAGUACAGUAUGACGUGACCCUACAAGAGGGACAAGAGUGUGGUGGUGCUUACCUCAAAUUGCUGAGCCUAGGGGAUGGAAAGCUGACUGAGUUCCAGGAGAAAACUCCCUACACCAUCAUGUUUGGGCCUGACAAAUGUGGCAAUGACUUUAAAAUGCACUUCAUCUUCCGUCAUGUUAACCCUCUCAAUGGCAGUAUUGAGGAAAAACAUGCUAAGCGCCCACUUGGCAAAUUUGAGGACUCGUUCUCUGACAAGCGACCACAUCUCUACACGCUCAUCAUCAGACCUGACAACACUUUUGAAAUGAGUCUUGAUCACGAAGUGAUCAACACAGGCAACUUGUUGGAAGACUUCACUCCGCCUGUUAACCCCGAGCCUGAGAUCCCCGACCCCAAUGACUCCAAGCCUACCGACUGGGAUGAGCGAGAAACUAUUCCUGAUCCUGAAGAUGUGAAGCCUGAGGAUUGGGACGAUGAUGCUCCCAGAAAGAUCCCUGACGCCAGCGCCACCAUGCCUAGCGGGUGGCUGGAGAAUGAGCCCGAUAUGAUCCCCGAUCCCGAGGCAGUCCGUCCAGAUGACUGGGACAACGAAAUGGACGGCGAGUGGGAGGCGCCUCUGAUCAACAACCCUGCCUGCUCCGGGGCACCUGGCUGCGGGCCUUGGCAACGUCCUCUCAUUGACAACCCCAACUUCAGGGGCAAGUGGAAGCCCAAGCAAAUCACUAACCCCAACUAUCGAGGAGUCUGGAUGCCACAAAUGAUUCCCAACCCCAAUUACUUCAAUGAUCUCGAGCCGUUCAAGAUGACCCCUAUUAGCGCCGUUGGGUUCGAGCUGUGGUCCAUGUCAAAUAAUAUCUUGUUUGACAACAUUUUCAUCUCGGACAACAUUGCUGAAGCAAAGGAGUUUGCUGCCGAGACUUUCGAUCUCAAGAUUGCUAAGCUCGAGAAGGGCAAGGGCGGUGUGUUGCAGCGAUUCCUGGACUACAGCAACGAGAGGCCCUGGUUGUAUGCCAUCUACGUGCUGCUGGUGGCCGUGCCGGUCGUGCUAGUCAUCAUGUGCUGCUGUGCCUCGCCUAUAGAUAGGAAAGCUGAAGAAGAUCAAGCAUCACGCAAAAAGACCGACGCCCACACCUCGGAUGACGUGGACAGGCCUGAAGGAAUUGUUGAAGAGGAAGAAGAUAAUGACGAUGUAGGUGACGAUGUUGAUGAGGUUGAGGAUGCUGAGGAAGAAGAGGAUGCAGAAGCAGAGGAAGAGGAUGCAGAAGCGGAGGAAGAGAAAGAAAAACCCGAAGAAGAGAAUCGAGAUGAGGAUAAUGGAGAAGAACAAGACGAUAAAGAAGAAGGAAGUUCACAAGAAGAGGAGGCCGCAGAUGGCCUCGAUGAUCCGUCCAGUAAAUCAGAUGAGGAAAAGCAGCCGUCGCCUCGUCAGCGAAGAAAACCUCGCCGAGAUUAGAGGGAUAAAAAUGCUUGAUGACCAAUAAUUUGAAAAGACAAACUGUUCAUUUACGAAACGGUGCUGGGGUUUUUUGAUAGCAGGUUAAAAAGUUAUCCAGAACUUCGUUUUUUUUUUCAUUCACAGAGUCGGGAACUCAUGUUUGAUUGUCAAGCGGCUCUAGUGGAUUGUUUUGAUCAAUAACUUUAGGGGAUUAUGUCAUAAACUCAGAGGCAAACAUUUUCUGUUUAUUUUUGCCCAUCCGGUGAAUAGAAGGAAAUUGCCGGCGUCUUGGUGUGUUGAUUUGAAUAUCUUAGACAACUUUCAUUCUGUAUGUGUUUUGGAAAUGGCUGAGGGUAUCUUUAGUUCAGUGUUGGAAUUUUGUAGUAUUGGUCUAAGGAUAUCGCACUGGCCAGUGAUCGUAAAGUUGAGUCCGUAUUGUUAACUGAGCUUUCUACAGAAGAAUCUUUUCUUCAAUGGAAUCACGAUAGAAUUUAUUGAUACUUGGUAAAUUUUGAUUCCAAAAAAAGGCUAAUUGUCACUUGCGUGUUAACGAUGUUUUAUGAUCAACAUAAAUGUGUUUUAUAGUUUCUACGUAUAAUAUAAGUCUAUCGAGUGUGUGUGUCUGCCUGUGUGUCCAUAUCCUUAAUGAUGCUUUCUUUAGGUCAGAUAAGUUAUUAUUUGAAGCCACUAUCAUCGUUACGUCAUAUCAGUCAUGUUGUCUUGUCUCCUUUAUUAUAUUGAAGAAUUUCAUUAAUAUCUUGGUCCUGAAUACUGUUACACGAGUCGCUCGAUUAAUUAUUUAUACGCCUCUAGGAGCCCCUGAAAAUGUCAUUUCUAUUGUAUUGCUAUUCGUGAUAUAAUGAAUACAUUUGUUGUAUUUUCUUUGCUGUUUUGUAACGUGUUAGAGUACAUGAAAAAUUUAGUGAGGAUUUAUCAAGCUCUGUUAAUUUGAUCGAAAGUUGCCUUGGAAUCCUUACGUCGUAUAUUCAUUACUUCUCUUGCUUAUAUCGAUAACCGCCACUAUACGUACAUUGGUAUGUCUUGCUUUAUGUAGUUAGGAAUUUAUUUCUCGUAGCAUGAAUGAUAUAGCCGUUCUGCUGACCGCUAUCCUCAAAAGGAAUUCCAUAUUUUAUAGUGUCUCAGCAGAGUAACCAUUACUUGGAUUAUUUAUAUAUGUGAAGAAGUUAUUCAACGUAAUGACUUCAAAUCCAAUCCUCUAAUUAACCUUGAACUCCAACAAGCCUUAACUGUAUAAAAUUUAGCUCUUGUCUAGUGUAGAGGAAUAAGAGAAUAUUUAGGCACAGAGUGAACAUCAUGCUAAGGGUUUGGGGUUCAAAAAAGCCGAUAAAUAAUGGAUCUUAGGUUCUAAUAUGCUUUCUUAUGGUAACUGAAGUCGUGUCUUUUAGCUUUAAGGUUAUAAGUUAUGUGUGUAACUGCAAAGAUACGACUUGGUUUUAUUCAUGGUACGUAUCUCUUGUGCUUUAACGAUUUAUAGGAAGAGAUUUCAUUCUGCAUAUUAUCUAGUCCAGUUGACUGGAUUUUUUUGAACGCGUCAUGUCGGAAUGCGGCACGUGUGUAGUAAAGUUUGAUUUAGCAGUAGUCGAGUAAUCUAUCUUAACGUUUAAUUUGAAUUAAAUUUUACUUUAUUAGCUUAUGUGUUGAACGAUUAAGAGUAAUGACAUAGUAUUUUCCUUAAGCCAGCUAUGCAUCGGAGCCUUCUUUGAACGUAAACAUGCGCGUCAUUUCCAUCCUCAGUCCUGGUAUUUUCUGGAGCUGAUGUUGCAGUGAACUAUGUAGUAUCUUAGCGGGUAUUGUCGGCGGCCUAGAAAAUUUCAGGUGCGAAUGCCGGAGAUCUGUUUCCGUAUGGGUACGUUUGGUGAAGUGCUCCAUCUGAUCACUUAUAAACACGCAGCAAUUGUUUCUUGGUUGAUUUUGUAUUCUUACAUUUGAUUUGAUGUUUAUGAACAUUUUAAGCAAAUCUGUUUCGCUUUUGUAUAAUUCUUGUUGGUUCGCAAGCCUCGAGGUAUUCUAUUUGGUUAUUUAUAAAGCUUAAUUUGGAUUUAUAUGCGGUGUUAUUUUGAAGAAAAUUUCUAUCUUUUUAAAGCAAAGUUGUAGUACGCAGAUUAUUUUCUUUCUUUUGUAAUUCAUCUAAAUCGUUUAUAAAUUCAUAUAUUUUUAUUAGCUUCGUGCCUAUGUAUCUCUUCAAUCUAUAACAACAGUAUUAAUGCGUGCAUCAAAAAGCUGCGCUUCAGUGGAGAUGAUUUCAUUUAUCCGUAUGCAAUCUUGAUUUGGGAUGCUGUAGGAUACGUUGUUUUUCUUGUCAUUUGUAUCGGAAUAAGUCCCAUUAAAAAGCGAUUGAAUACCA